AUGAGACUCAUUUCUUGGUUUUCGAUCUGGGUUCUCGCCGUUGGUGGAUUGGCGUUGAGCCAGAAAGAUUCAAUUCUAUUCACAUGUAUAUUACAGGCCGUCAACUUGGAGUUUGAUUACACAGUUCCUGAUGGUAAGAGCAGUUUCUGGAAUCCGUUCUGCGAGUACGAGCCCGCGUUGGGGACCGUUCUGAUCUGUUUCCAUGAACUGACCUCCAACAGAACGUCCGGAGAGGCAGCUUUGCAAACCACUUUGUCUUUACUGGUCGAUAAUUGUUCCAAACGAGGAAACUUCAAAUUGGACGAGUCUGAGCUUCACGAACGCUAUCUAAAUGCUUCUAGAUUGGCAAUUCCAGAGGAAAAGUUUAUGAAGAAGAACGCGACUCUUCCUAUCCAUAAUCCGGUCAGACUGAACGUGACGUCGUUGCUCUUGUACGCCGACUCGUACACGCUUUUUGCCAAAAACUUCGUCUGGACAAACAACUUCUGUCAGCUGGUCUGUUUGUUUUGGAUCGUUUCGCUUGGUUUAGUUGGAUUGUUCAACUUUUUCAAGAGAUUCCGUUGGAACAGCAAGCUUAAAGGUCCUUUCAUCAACAAAUUCAGGGGCUACAUCGCUUUGCCUACUUUUACAGGAGGAAAACAUUUCCAACCGUGGAACAUCUUUGGCUCGCUUGGAAAAUGGUUACCUUUCUCUUUACUUGACUGCUUGGUUCCCACCACCCAAGAGUCCCUAAUUGUUUUCAUUUAUUGCACUCUGAACAUAAUAUUCGCUUCAGUUGGAUACCAUAUUGAAGAUCAAAAUUUACUUCUUGGUUCGAGAGACGAACAGUUUUGGCGGUAUGUGGCCGACAGAACAGGAAUUCUGGCAUUUGCUCAGCUUCCUGCGCUCUUCUUGUUUGGUGGGAGAAACAACAUCCUCAUUAAUUUGACCGGCUUCCAGUUCAACUCGUUCAUUAUCUUCCAUAAAUGGAUCUCCAGAAACAUGGUCAUUUUAGCCGCAGUUCAUGCGUACGCAUAUCGCGAGUUAUGCAUCUUGCACGGAAGUUACGACCGAAUCUCUCAAGAGACAUUGUGGAUAUAUGGGAGAAGAGCAUUUGUUGCAGGCGGUUUGCUGAUUUUACAGGCCAUCUAUUAUUUCCGCAGCAGAUGGUACGAGCUGUUUUUAGCUGUGCACAUCUUACUGGCCCUUGUCUUCAUUGUCGGGGCAUAUGUUCAUUGCAAGGAAAUCGGCUACCUCGAGUGGACGUACGCCAGUAUGCUUUUCUGGGCUCUCGACAGGGUCUGGAGAAUAGGAAAAAUGUACAGAUUUGGGCUACCAAAAGCCCAUUUCAAGCUGCAUUUCGAAACAAUCGUUGUCACCAUACCAAAACCGGCCAAUUGGAAGCCAUACCCGGGUUGUUUCGUUUAUUUAUACAUUAUAGCACCUUCCGUGUCUUGGAAGGUCUGGGAAAGUCAUCCGUUUACAAUCUACUCUGUUGGAGAUGAGAUCAGAAUCUACAUCAAACGCAAAGACGGCAUGACUCAAAAGUUAUAUGACUUUUUAACUGUUGCUGGCGAGUCUGAGCUCACCGUGUCGGUUGAAGGACCGUAUGGCCAUGCUGGGGAACUUGACAGCUACGAUAAUAUUCUACUUUUGGCCGGAGGAAAUGGUGUUCCAGGACCAUACUAUCAUUGCAUGCACCAACUAGACCAGGCACCACUUAAUCGAUGGAAGCGCAAGAUCCAUUUCGUUUGGAUCUCUCCAUACUUUACUGCUCUGAGAUGGUUUGGGCGCGAACUGCUUGAUCUCCAAACCAAAGAUAAACAUAAUUUUGUGAGCAAAAGCAUUUAUCUGACUCGAGAAAAGCAGCUAACCAAACGGCCAGCCAACGAAUCCGGCGAGGCCGACUCCAGAACGCCGCUUAUCUCGAUCAGUUCGGAAGAACUGAUGGCCAGAGUGAUGGGCCAGUUGUCGGAAGAACAUUUGGCCGACUACGUGGUGCACAAAAGACGGCCGGACGUUGCCAAACUCAUCAUGUCCACCAUAGAGGAAGCUACUUUUGAAGGAAACCACAACGGAAUUGCGAUUGUUGUUUGCGGGUCCGAUAUCCUUGCCGACUCCAUCCGCGAUGUGGUGGCAGGAAUUGUGGCUAACGGAAGCCAUACAAUGAGGAUUGAUUUGUUUGAGGAGUUACAGGUGUGGUAG